UGAGCGGCGGCGGCCGCGCUGCCAUGGGGCGGCCGCCACGGGGGCGGCAUCCGACGGGCUGGGCGGCACCGCGCCCGCAGCAGCCACCGCCGCUUCCUUCUGGCAGCACGGACAGGGAGCCCAGGCAGCCUGGGAGAAUGUCAACCUCUGGUCCCUAGCAACAUAUCCUGACUUCUGAUCACUUAUAUUAAAGAAAAACACCCAUUUCAGAGAGAGUGCAAGACUGCCUGGAAGUAGAAAAUACCACACCCCACCUUAAAAAAGCUUCAAUAUUCUCCAUUGACUGCAUAUAGCUUUGGAGUGCUUGAGUGAGUUGGUGAUCUGUGGGGUUUUUAACAAGCAGAGAAGAUCAAGUCUGAAGUUUCUCUGACUUCGUCUGAAAUUGUAGGCAUGAUCAAUUUGUUUAAGAAACCUUACAAGAAAAAGGCAGGCAAAUUCCAGCCUUUCAAGAAGCUCUUCGGCAAGAGGAAGAAAAGAGAGCCCGCCUCGGAGUGCGAGGAGCCCAAGCUGAAGCCCAGCCACUCCUUCGGCAGCAUCUGCAACGGCGCCUUCUCCUCGGAUGAGGAGCGCGGCGGGCUGAGAUCCUCCCAUUAUUCUAUGGGCAGUCGAGCUUUUUCCCAUGACAGUAUUUUCAUACCUGAUGGGAGAACAGAGGGUGAACAGGCCAUUCAAGCAAUGUCACAGGAGAACGUUUUAGGGAAAGUCAAAAUUCUUCAGCAACAGUUGGCCAAAAAUAUAAAAUUUGGGCAGCCUCCACAAAUGACAAUAUCUGCAAGGACGAUGGGGGAAGCAAAUGCCAGUACAGAAGAUGAUGCACUGCUCAGCAGCCCCAUGGAGACUGAGACCCAGCAGGACACGGUGAUCUCAGACUGCACUAAUAAAUCCACUGACACUCCAGAUUUCUUGAGAAAAAUGAAUUUUCUUGGAACAGGACAUGAAAUGGAAGAAAAGGUCACUCCAAUUAAAUCAACUCGGCCAAAAAGACAGUUUUCCUGUUCUGGCACAAUUGAAACAAUCAAUUUGGAUUCAGUUCCGCAGGCUCUUGCUCGUCUAGACAACAGUGCAGCUAAGCACAAACUGUCAGUGAAGCCAAAAAAGCAGAGGAUGUCAAGGCAGCACAAGAGAUUGACAAAGGGAUCACAAAGUUUAACAAUAACAGAAUUUGAGCCAGAGGAUCUAGAAACGCAGCUGUAUGAGGACAUAUACCCAGGUUAUAAUGGACGCUUCACAGCAGACAAGCUAAUCCAGGACAGAGAUGAGCAUAAGCAGCUUCAGCUGGCAGAGGAAAAAAGAAUUGAAGAUCAGUGGGGUAUCCUUGAAGCUGAAAGGAUAAGACAGAUUGUAGAAAUGGAAGAACAAAGAGAAAUGGAAGAAAAAAGGUGCCAAGAACUCGAAGAGAUGCAGAAAGAACAGGAAAAAAGAUGCUAUGAAGAAGAUAGGAGGCAAUACCUCCUUGAAGGAGAGACAUCUUUGAAAAUAGAAGAGCAAACAUGCCAUAAAGAGGAAAGAAGACUGAUGAAGGCUGAAAAAAGGCCAGAGCUGGAGGACCAGAUGCAGAAGGAGUUGGAGAAGCAACAAAGACAAAAUCUGGAGGAGAAGAGGCACUGGGAAGUGGAGGAGCAACAAAGACGAGAGCUGGAGGAACAGAAGCUUAAGGAACAGGAGGAACAACAGAGACAAGAGCUGGAGGUGCAAAAGCUCAAGGAACAGGAGGAACAACAGAGACAAGAGCUGGAGAUGCAGAAGCUUAAGGAACAGGAGGAACAACAGAGACAAGAGCUGGAAGUACAAAAGCUCAAGGAACAAGAGGAGCACCAGAGAGAAGAGCUGGACAGGCAGCAACACCAGCAAUGGGAGGAACAACUGAGACUAAAGCAGGAGGAAGAGAAGAACCGGGAACAGGAAGAGCAAGAGAGACGAGAGCUGGAGGAGCAGAAGCACCAGGAACAGGAAGAGAAGAGAUGUCAGGAAUUGGAGGAGAAGCAUCAGGAAUGGGAAGAGCAGAAGCAGAAGGCUCUGGAGGAGAAACAGAGACAAGAGCUGGAGGAACAGAAGAGGCUAGCACCAGAAGAAUUAAAGCAACAUAGGACUGAAAAAGACAGUCAAAAGGAAGAAGAAAGAAAAUGGCUGGAGGAACAAGCAGAGCUCAAGAAACAAAAUAAGGAAGAAAUACAGCAACAAGAGCUAGAAAGGAAAGAGCUUGAAGAAAUUGAAAUAAAACUGAAUCAGGAGGAAGAGCCUGAGAGCCUCAAACGAGAGAAGGAACAGGAAGAACAAAGACAUCAUUUGAAGGAGAAAGAAAAGACAGAGAAAGAACAACCCCAGCAAGUGACAGAUAAGAAACAGAAACGGGAAGAGCAGAGAAAACACAAACUAACAAAACAAAUGCACAUGGAAAGUUCAGACUGUGUUCUACAAGAUGAACUGAAGCAGCAAAAGGAAGAAAAUGGACAUGAAUGCAACAAGCUGAAAGAGCAGAAGGUAGACACAGAAGGACAAAAUCUUCAGCCAAAACAAAAAAAAUCCUUGGAACAGCCACAGGAAAAAGAUGAGUUGUGUUCUGCUGGAGGGUCUGCUAGGCAUCCAGCAGAGGAGAAACUCCAAGAAGGAUCAAGUUCCCAAAAAGUCAAACGGCCAGAAAAAGGGACUAAAACAGCAGAAGAAAUACUAGCCCAGAAACUGAAAAGAGAAGUUGAGGCUCAGGAGCAAAAACGCAUAGGGGAAGAACUGCGGUGGCAAGAGGUAGAUGAAAGACAAAUGGCAUCCAGACCUUUCACAUUUCAAGUGUCUUCUGGAGAUAAACAGAUCAUAUUUCAGAAAGUAAAUCUGAGUCCUGUUAUGCCCAUCAAAGGAGCAGGACUCUCUUCUCCAUCUGCCAAAGACAGCAGGGUGCACACUACCAGUAAGGGCUCUCAUUCCCUCCCAUCAUCUGUGUGUGUACCCCACACAGCUAUUUUGGUUACUGGAGCACAGCUGUGUGGCACAGCAGUGAACUUGAACCAGAUUAAGGACACGGCUUGCAAAUCAUUACUUGGCUUAACAGAAGAGAGGAAAAAUGUGGAUAUUCCCUCUCCAGAGAAAUCUGAGAGAAAAAAACAGGAUCCUAAACCCAGCAGCAGUAAAAUGAAACAUGCACAAGAGGCACUGAACAACCAGGCCGUACUGGCUGAGUGGGCCUCUAUCCGCUCCAGAAUCCUAAAGAAUGCAGAAAACAACAAAUAUAAUGAGAGAGACCGAGUGACUGCCUGCAGGCACAGUGAUGACUGGACACCCCGAGGACGUGGUGCUCCCCACGGCAACUUGAGGAAAACCCUCUCUGCAAAUGCAAAGUUCUCAAUAACACCAGCAUGGCAGAAAUUUUCAGACGUUUCAAAAACCAAUUCAGAUGCUGAGAAUGUGCAUGUGGCAAAAGGCAAUGAAACAGUGGCUGUGGGGAGAACCACUGGCUCAUCUGCUGAUUCAAAGGAGGAUGUGGUUUCCACUUUUAAGGAUAACUUAGCUGAAAAACCUAAAGAGAAAAUGGAAACCCAUAGGGAAGUGACAGACAACACUGAAGGCUGUAAAUUUGCAAAAGAUCUUCCAUCAUUCCUUGUACCAAGUUUUCCACAGUCUAUGGGGAAGGAAUCAUCCCAGCCAGAACUUCCCAAUGCUCUGGAAAAUCAGCAGAGUAACAGCACAAGAAAAGCAGAUAAGCCACCACCAAAUGGAGAAGAAAAUGUUUCUCCUUUUGGGAUAAAGUUACGAAGGACAAACUACUCUUUACGUUUUCAUUAUGACCAACAGGCAGAGCAAAAGAAAAAGAAAAGAUACAGUGCAGGAGACAGUUUUGAUGGUGUGCCUGACCCACUCACCUCAACAGAAGGUGAGAAAGAAUCCUCUGUUUUCACUUCAAAAGAAAGUACCUCUCCUGGCACUGGGAGAGCAAACAUCCCUGGUAAUUUAAAAGACUCUUCAGUUACCGUGGUGGAGUUUUCAACACCUGUGGGCACACCAGUGGUCUCACCAACCACUGGCCAGAGUGCUUUACCUGCUCAUGAGAAACCAGCAUGCAAGUCACUGGUCCCACAAAAACCUGCUUUAGCUCCAAAGCCCACCAGCCAGACCCCACCACCAUCUCCUCUCUCUAAAAUGAACAGAUCAAACCUAUCUGAAAUGCUGGGGCAAAGAGUGGUUAAAGCUGAAUCAGAUGGUGGCUGGAGAAAAGAAGACAGACCAAAUGCAACCAUACCAUCCAAUGACUACAAAAAUGAAGAGGAAGAAAUCAAAGAAAAGAAGUCAUUUUUCCCAUCUCUAAGUAUUCCAUGGAGAGAAAAAAAUGACAAAAAGCCUGAGCCAUUGAAGAAAGAAAAGCCUGUCCUUCAGAGCAGGCACUCUGUAGAUGGCUCUAAAUUGUUGGAAAAAGUGGAAACUUCACAACCACUUUGGAUUACAUUAGCACUGCAAAAGCAAAAGGGAUUUCGUGAGCAGCAAGCUACGAGGGAAGAGAGAAGACAAGCAAGAGAGGCAAAGCAAGCAGAGAAACUGGCUAAAGAAAAUGCUGCUGUAAGUAAUCAGUCAGAUAAUAAAAGUAGCAGCAGCAAAACAAGCACACUGCAGAAAUCUACAACUCAAGAAGGAGAGAAGAAAAUUGAUACUGCUGUGUCAAGACUAGAAAGAAGGGAGCAUCUAAAAAAGUCGAACACCCUUCCAACUUCUGUGACAGUGGAAAUUUCAGAUUCUGUUCCAUCAACCCCAGUGACAAAGGAGGUGGCCAAGAGAUUCUCUACGCCUGAUGCUAACCCAGUGUCAACAGAACCAGCCUGGCUUGCCUUAGCCAAGAGGAAAGCAAAAGCCUGGAGUGACUGUCCACAGAUCAUAAAGUAAACUGUAAAGUUACAUCUCUGUUGCUGACUAUUAAUUGCUUUAUUUUAUUUAUUCUGCUUUUUACACAUGACAAAACUGAAAAUGCAUGUAUUGGAAGGACUGAAAACUGAACUAAUUACCAUUUUGCUCUAGCUCACUGUAAAGUCUACUCAAGUCAUAUAUUCCAUUGCUUUGACAAAUAGCUAAAGGACGUCAAAGGACGGCAAAAAUCUCACAGCCAGACUCUCUCAAAAACUUAAGAGUGCUCAGAUACUGGAUGUAAAUUUUAGCAGGUAUCAUAAAUAAGGGCCAGAACAGAAUAAGAGUUCAGAUGCUUUUUAAAUUAUGUUGGUAUUCAGUUCUGGAAUUUUACAUCUCUAUGUUUGAGAUCUCAGAAAUUUUUUCAGAACUUCGUUGUUGAAAUUAAGGAAAGAUGCAUGUUUCCUUCUCUUAAGUCUUAAUUUAUUUAAAUAUGUUAAACUGUAUGAACUGCCAGUUCUGCCUGCUAUUUGAAAGCUUUUUCCCUAAGGAAGAGCUUCAGAAUACACUAUUCCACAUGCAAAUGAAAAGUGAUGGUACCAUUCAAAUGCUGAGGUAAUUUCUUUCAUCACAGGAUUAAUAUACUACAUCUAUAUACCACCACUUUUAAGAAGAAAACAAUUAAUCCUACUUAAAAAGCCACAAUUUUUAAACAAAUGUCAUUAAGUUCUCACAAAGAAGUCAGGGAUUCACUGUUUCUUCUAGACAUUUAAGUGCAUCACUGUUUAUGCUUGGCCAUAUUUAUGCUGCAUAGACAGUGAUUGUGGCUUACAACUUUAAAUCAAUUGACUGGAAUUAACCUGCUCCUGUGUGAAUGCAAAUUCCUCCAGAAUUUGUCUCAGUAAGUUCCCAUGGGAGUAGACUGGCAGAACUGAAGUUAACUGAGAACUGAGAAGGAAGUCAGUGAGAGUUAUAGGAGUUUUAACUCUGCAUUCUUCCUGACUUUACUCCACAUGCAACUUCAGGCAGUUCAGAUAACUUCCUGUACUUUGACCAAUAUAGCCAGAACACUUCAAAAAGAAGUUUACUUACCCCAUCUCAGGUAUCUGGUGUGGCAAUUGAACACUUUAUUACUUCACAUAACUAAACCAGAAACGUCCACCCCCUCCCUCUUACAAAAAAAGGAUAAAGUCCAUAAAUGUAAUAAAAAUGUCACUAUCCUCAACAUCCCACAGAAAUCUCUAGGCCUGCAUUUUAAAAUAUCACCCAAUUAAAUAAAUCAACUGAGUUUGUUUUACAAGAAAGCCUUUAAAAAAAUUUGAAAGUCUCCUUCAAACCAAAGGGCUCAAAGGAACCUUUAAGCCUACAACAUCAUAAAGGAGGACAUUUUCAUGAAAAGAAAUUACAUCAUUCUAGAAUGAUACAACAUAUGCUUCAUGGAAGUGUUUUAGCCAAACUGCUGUAAGCAGCAUGAGAAAGAGUGUUUUAAACUACGCAGGAAACAGAAUGAAACCUGUUGUACACUCUGUUCCCAGAAUUAAAAAGGAGUUUCAGCAAAAAUCAUUGGCAAGUACAGCCUUUCCCACUGAACAGAAGAGAGGGGCUCAGUAUCAUGGUUACAGUAGCACAAACACAAUGGAUGUGUUAGAUCAAGUACCUGUACAGCAGCAAGAUGAGCUUUCUUGGGUGUCUUAAGCCAUUAGUUUUGCUCAGUUUCAUAUUUAAAACUAGAAUCUCUAAAGUAAUCUUUACCAGGAAUUUAAGUAAUUAAUAUCUUUUAAGCAGAAAUGAGACAAUGCUGCUCUCAAAUGCUUCGGAAAAAAAAACCCAACUUAAUGCCUUCAAUAACUGAAGAAAGGAUUGGCCCUGUAAUUCCUUUUGCUCUGCUAGCACCUGGAAUUAGUGCAUCUUAAAGUUAAAUUUAUAUUUUUUCCAUGUUUGUUUGCCUGCAGUAUGGAUAUGUAAUAACUAAACUGCCUGAAAUCCAUCUUUACAAUUAUUUAUUGGGAGGGGGAGACAGGUAGAAAUGCAGAGAAGGUGAAGUAAAUCAGGAUUAAAGAUACUGAUAUUUUGUAAAGCAUAGCAAAAUUAGGUGCUAUUGUGCAUGACAUAAGGAUGCAAUUUUCCAAUACAAUCCAUUCAUAGCACAGAGAAUAGAGCUUUCAUUAAGGAUGGUCCUAAGCUAAAGCUUCAAAGCAGAGUUUUUUUCCAACCAUAAAGGUAUCUAGUGUAACAAUGGAAACUGUAUUAUGUACAGUACUUGAUGGAAACAUUUCUAAAGCGUACAUGUGCAACAGUGACAUUUCAGUUAAAUUAACAAAGAUUUGCACUAAAUACCAAUGAAGUGAAGUUUCACUUUGCUUUAGCUUUGUUGCAACCAUUUCUGAUAAAGUAUUGGAAAUCUGUAAAAAUAAAUCCAAACCACUACUACCCAGUUUAAAACAGCAAAAAUGUUUUAAGGACUGAAUAAACCACUAUGUAGUAUAUUGUCUCAAUUUUUUGUAACUUAUACAAACACAAAAUACCAUUUCUUUUGACAAGGUUAUAUAUGAUUAACCUCUAUGUUCAUAUAGUAAUGUAUAAAAACUACAAGAUGUAUAAUUGUGGGGUAUUUGUUGUGUACCUUUUUUAAUUUUUCAAAUGUUUUAAAGUGCAAUUGUUUAUUAUACUGUCAUUUUAAAUCUUAUUAAACUAUAACCUGGUCAGAAUUAUCUAAUCAUUGA